GUGUGUAUUGUGUGUAUCUUUCGGGGGCUGGAGGAGGAGGCAGUGGCCUCGGCGGCUCCGGUCCCCCGGACCCCCGGAUCUGGACCUGGGGGAGGGCUGGGUGGUCCUUCCCUUUUCCCAUCCUAAUGCCCUGUUCAGUCUUGGCUCCUAAGCUACAGAGACUACAGCUCUUCCCCAGGCCUUCCUGAAAAGAAGCAGGGUGGCAUCCAUCCUCAUCCCAAUUCAAGUCCUGUGAAAGAGUGGGGGAUGAAUGACCCAUGAGGAGGUGUAUGAAAAAAUUGGUGAGGAAUAGUCCUAGAAGAAAGAUGAAGAGCAACUCUAGGAGAGAAGAAUGAUUGGGACAAGUUGGAGGAUGGGGAAAAAUAGUAGAUACAGUCUUUCAAUGUGCAGACCAUUGUGCUGGGAAUGUCUAUAUGUCCUGCAUACCUCACGGAGAAUCAAAGGAGAAAAAUACUCUGAAAGCAGGGGACUAUCUUAUCUAAACCCUGUAUCCCUUCUACUGCCCAGCACAAUGGGAUGUAGAGGUGGGAGGAGAAUGGGGAUCUAUAGAAGAACCCAAGAACAGAAGAGGGGAUGUGCCAAAGAAACAGAGCAGGAAAACAUAAUAAAAGGUGAAUAAUGGCAGAUACAGGCCUGAUUGAGGCAGGGGCCUCAGCGGCCUCAGCAGCUACAGCCCUGGAGAACUUACAGGUAGAGGCAAGCUGUUCAGUGUGCCUGGAGUACCUGAAGGAGCCUGUCAUCAUUGAAUGUGGGCACAAUUUCUGUCGGGCCUGCAUUACCCGUUGGUGGGAAGAACUGGAAAGAGACUUCCCCUGCCCUGUGUGCCGCAAGACAUCACGUUAUCGCAGCCUCCGGCCCAAUAGGCAACUGGGCAACAUGGUGGAAAUCGCCAAACAGCUACAAGCCGUCAAGCGAAAGACCCGAGAUGAGAGUCUCUGCCCCCAGCACCAUGAAGCCCUUAACCUCUUUUGCUGUGAGGACCAGGAACCUGUAUGCUUGGUGUGCGAGAUCUCCCAUGCCCAUCGGGCUCACACCAUCGUGCCACUGGAUGAUGCUGCACAGGAGUACAAGGAGAAGCUGCAAAAGUGUCUGGAGCCUCUGGAGCAGAAACUGCAGGAGAUCACCCAGUGCAAGUCAUCUGAAGAGAAGAAGCCUGGGGAACUCAAGCGUCGGGUGGAGAGUAGGCGGCAGCAAAUUGCAGGGGAGUUUGAGGAAUUACAUCGAAGGCUAGAAGAAGAGCAACAGCUUCUACUGUCUCGACUGGAGGAGGAGGAGCAAGACAUCCUGCAGAGGCUUCGGGAAAAUGCUGCCCAGCUUGGGGAGCAGCGUCGAGACCUUGCCCGCCUUGCUGCUGAGAUAGAGGGCAAGUGCCUACAGUCAGGUUUCGAGAUGCUCAAGGAUGUCAAAAGCACACUGGAAAAAUGUGAGAAGGUGAAGACCAUGGAGGUGACCUCGGUCUCCAUUGAGCUGGAAAAGAACUUCAGCAGCUUUCCCCGACAGUACUUUGCCCUAAGGAAGAUCCUUAAACAGCUGAUGGCGGAUGUGAUCCUGGACCCAGAGACAGCUCACCCUAACCUAGUCUUAUCAGAGGACCGAAAAAGUGUCAAGUUUGUGGAAACUCGACUUCGGGACUUGCCUGAUACACCUCGGCGCUUUACCUUUUACCCCUGUGUCCUGGCCACAGAGGGCUUCACCUCAGGUCGUCACUACUGGGAGGUGGAGGUGGGUGAUAAGACCCACUGGGCAGUAGGUGUGUGCCAGGACUCUGUGAGCAGAAAAGGCGAGUUAACUCCACUGCCUGAGACAGGAUACUGGAGGGUGCGACUGUGGAAUGGGGACAAAUAUGCAGCCACAACCUCACCUUUCACCCCUCUCUGCAUAAAAGUGAAACCCAAGCGGGUGGGUGUUUUUCUGGACUAUGAGGCUGGCACAUUGUCUUUCUACAAUGUCACUGACCGCUCCCACAUCUAUACUUUUACUGAUACCUUCACUGAAAAACUCUGGCCACUCUUCUACCCGGGUAUCCGAGCGGGGCGAAAGAAUGCAGCACCUCUUACCAUCCGGCCUCCUACAGAUUGGGAAUGAUGAUGGGAAAGAACAGGGUGGGAUGUUGAAGUAAUGAUGAUGACAGGGGAGACAGGUAUUUGGAACUGUGUCUCUUAAUUUCCUGUGUCCUGCUGCUAGAGGUUUCCUUACUAUCAGGCUCAUGUCCUGUAUUCUGGAGAAGGUAUGGUAGUGGGAGGGAAGGUUAUCCUAGGAAAGAGACUGGGCCUGGAAGAGAGUCUCCAAGAUCACGCAUCUGGAGACUGAUCUUUUCCCAUUAUGUGAAGAGGAGGGGGGAGAGGUUUACUGAACGUGAGGCUGUCUUGGUUGCCUGCACUGUGCUCCACCAGUUUCCUCAUUGCAAGAGGACUUUAGGGGAUCUCCUUCCCUCCAAAACAGAAGUAGGUGUGGAGAACCCUGAAGCCUCUACUCACCCAUUGGGUGAUUCUAUAUGUCCAGGACAGUUUUGUUCCUUUGAGGGAAGCAGGAUAAUCUCUGUAUCCCUAGAAUGAAAUAAAGGUGAAUUGUCAGUCA